UAUAAGGCGGCGGGCAUUGCCCGGAUGUGAGCGGCGGGCGAUGCGGCUGCCCGGGCGGGAUGCGAUCGGCCGCGGCUCGGCGGGGGAGGCCGCGCUGCUGAGCCGGAGGAGGCGGCGGGCGCUGCUCUAAACUUGGACCAAGUUGGGGAACGGGCGGCCCCGCGCUCCCCCGAGGGGGGAGUCGCCUGUUUUUUUUUUUUUUUUCGGGAUUUGGGGUUUUUUGGUUUUUUUUGGGUUUUUUUUUAAGGAAGGACAAGGAGGGGGCAAGUCCCCGAGAGCCGCGGCGCUGAGAGCCCGUCACCAUGUGUCUGUAAAAACAAUAGGGCAAAAGUUGUCGGACCUUCUUUUUUUUUUUUUUUUUUCCUUUUUUUUUUCUACCUUGGUUUUGAAUUUUUAAAUUUUUUAAAUCUAAUUUAUAUUUUUUUUUUUUGCGGCCGGUGGCCGGGCCCCCCCAAAUCCCAACAAAGCCAGGUGUAGUGUGCCUGUAAAGCUGUGGAAUAACCCGGAGCAGGACUGACACUUUCCCUACUUUUUUGGUGGUUUUGGAGGGUCACACACGUGUGAGACAAUAAAGCACUUUGGCAGAAGAUUCCUCUCUUUUUAUUUUUUUUUUAAUUCCUUUUUUUUUAAACUUUUUUUUCCCCCCCUUGGAAUAUUGUGAACAUAUUUGUGGCCAUUUAAGGUUUGUGUGAUUUUGCUAAAAUGCAUCACCAACAGCGAAUGGCUGCCUUAGGGACGGACAAAGAACUGAGUGAUUUACUGGAUUUCAGUGCGAUGUUUUCACCUCCUGUGAGCAGCGGGAAAAAUGGACCGACUUCCUUGGCAAGUGGACAUUUUACUGGCUCAAAUGUAGAAGACAGAACUAGCUCAGGGUCCUGGGGGAAUGCAGGACAUCCAAGUCCAUCCAGGAACUAUGGAGAUGGGACUCACUAUGACCACAUGGCGAGCAGAGACCUCGGCUCACAUGACAAUCUCUCUCCUCCCUUUGUCAAUUCCAGAAUACAAAGUAAAACAGAACGAGGCUCGUACUCGUCGUAUGGCCGAGAUUCCAACCUCCAGGGCUGCCACCAGCUUUUUCCAGAGGAAAAAGUCGGGAUGAGGAAGCCAAAGCUCCGUGGGAGCCUGCUGGGAGGGGACAUGGAGCUGGCCACGCCCGGGGCGCUGUCCCCCAGCAAGCCGGGCUCCCAGUUCUACCAGUACGGGGGCAGCGCGCGCCGGAGACCCCUGCACGGCUCCUCCAUGGUUCAGACAAAGAAAGUUCGGAAGGUGCCUCCGGGUUUGCCGUCCUCCGUAAGUUCCGGGAAUUUUUGGGGAUUUUUACCGGGAAAAACUCGGCAGAUUUUGGGAAUUUCCCCAUUUCCAGCCCCGUUUUUUUGGGGUUUUUUAUGGAAAUCCCAUAAAACCCCGGAGGAUUUGUAGGAAUUCUCCGGAAUUCCCGACCCCGCGGCGCAAAAUGAGGCAAAAAAAAGAAUUUUAUUUAAUUAGAUUCAAAUUUUCCAGUGCGGUCACUGUAAAAUAAUAUUCGGCCUCAUUUGCAUAUCAUUUGGAUAUCGAUCACACCUCAUUUGCAUAUAUUUUGGGUAUCAGUGCUGCCUCGUUUGCAUAUUGUUCUGAUAUCGUCGUGCUGCUGUCGAUACUGCCUCAUUUGCAUACAGUUGUGAUACCGAGCCUAAUUUGCAUAUCAUUCUGAUAUCAGUGGAGCAUCAUUUGCAUAGACUGCUGAUAUCGAUGGUGCCUAAUUUGCAUAUCAUUCUGGUAUCGAUACAGUCUCAUUUGCAUACAAUUCUGACAUCGAUUGUGCGUCAUUUUCAUGUAAUUCUGAUAUUGAUACAGCCUGAUUUGCAUAUCAUUGUAUAUUGAUACAGACUCAUUUGCAUAUAAUUCUGGGAUUGAUACAGUCUCAUUUGCAUAUACAAUUGAUAUCGAUACAACCUCAUUUGCAUAUCAUUCAGAUAUUGGUGCAAUUUCCUUUGUAUAUCAUCCUGAUAUUGAUAGUGCCUAAUUUGCAUAUCAUUCUGAUAUCGAUACAGC